AUGACGGAACUCGCUCUCAUUCCGAACGACUCCCAUCAUCAUCAACAAGUACAGAGCUCUCGUUCGGGUGAUGACCUAUUAGCAGAUGAUAUUGUUUUUUCAGUUAUGCAAUUUUUAAAACCAGAAUUUAUUUUGAGGGUGUGUAUGAAAGUUUGUAGACAAUGGAAUGAACAAGCGAGAAAAAUACCACUCGAAUUAGAAUUCAUGUUCGAGAAUAUGACUCCAGUCAAAUUAAAGCUUCUUGGAAACAGUUCUACCAUGAAGCAACUAAAAAAGUUGGGAUUAUUUGGUCAUUCUUUGGGAUCAGAAGGUGUGAAUGCAAUUGUUUUUAGUAAUUAUCUUUACAAUUUGGAAUCACUCGAUUUGGAUUCUAAUGAGUUGACAUGUCGUGCAGUGGAAACCCUCUCUCAAAGUACGGUGUUGAAAAAUUUGACGAGUUUGAAUUUAAAUCACAAUGGAAUUGGUCCUGAAGGCGUUCGAUGUAUUUGUAAUAGUCCAUAUUUGACGAAAUUAACUGAACUCUUCUUGAUCGGUUGUCAUGUACAAAAUCAAGGUAUCACAUGUAUCACUAAAAGCGAAAAUCUCAAAAAUUUGACUCUUUUGGACCUGAAAAGCAAUAACAUUACAGUUGAAGGUGCUAAACAAUUGGCAGAAUCAGAAUAUUUAGGAAAUUUACGAAAACUUAAAUUGAACCACAAUCCCAUUGAGGACGAAGGUGUCAAAUUUAUAGCUACCAGUAAGCAUUUGAAUCAUCUUACGAGUUUGGAAUUGGCAUUCACACGUAUUGGAGUAAAUGCAGGAAUUUCCAUUGCUAAAAGUGAAAAUUUGAAAUUAUUAACCUCCCUCAACGUAGAAGGAACGUAUUUACGAUAUACUCAAGCCAUUUACACACUCCAACAAAAGCUACAAAAUUUGAAAUAUUUUCAGCAUUAA